AUGCCGUUUAUUGCUUUUCAUACAUUUACAGAUUGCAUCAGUGCCCUUUCUCGGGGUGACUGCAUUCUAUGGAUCUUCAGGAACAUCAUGAUCUCAUAUUUGGAGAGGAGUUCUGCUUUCCUACCACCACGACUUAUUAUCCACCUCUUUAUGCCCCAACUGGGACACGAGGUGCAAGGCACAUCAUCCAUGUAUUAUGUUGUCCCUAACUAUGGGAUCGGACAUUCUCCCCAUGGACCUCACCCUUUGCACCCUUGUGCCAUAGGCGAUGGUAGGUUUGUCAGAACCCAAGAGUACCACGCUGAAACUGUGGAGCACACAUACCAUCAACCAGUUCCUACACCCCACUGUUCCGCCCGUCCAUCUGCAGCAGACAGAACCCCAGCUAACACUGCUCAAUAUCUUGGUUACACCAAUGGCUUGUUUGUUCCCGGUGGACUUCAGCUAACUGUAUCUGUUACCUCAGAAAGGGGUGUCGCAUGGAAUCAAUCUCUACAACAAGCUACUAUUGCUUCAAUGGAAUUUCAAAGCCAUACUUCUCUACCAGAAAGGGGUGUCACAUGGAAUCAAUCUCUACAACAAGCUACUAUUUCUUCAAUGGAAUUUCAAAGCCAUACUUCGCUACCAAAGGAACAACCACAUAGGCCAGCUCCAUGGAAGCGGCAAUUAUCAGGUGGGGCCAGGGCGCCAGCUAGACUCCCUCGUGCUCGACGGGCACCACAUCAGUCUCCAAAAGCGGCUGCUCCUUCUGUCCGGUCUUCACUGCAGACAAGUCUGUCAUACAAUAAUGAAGUUUCAAAUGUUGGAUCUGACCUUUGUGAGAUGCAGUCAACUGAGAGAUCCCAACCAUAUGCAAGAACCAGUAGCUAUGCUAAUCGAAGGUACAGUUCCAUGAGUCAGCAGAACACAAGUAAAGCAAAAAUGCCAAUAGGUUCAACGCCCCCAGAAAUAGUUGUAAAAUCAUAUACAUCAAGGCUCCUUAUCGGCAACCCAGAGGGUAAAAUAGUCAUUAGGUCUGAUCAAUAUAACAGACAUGAUUUCCAGGUGGUGUAUCCAAAUGCAAAAUUCUUUGUGAUAAAGUCCUAUGAUGAGGCAGACAUUCACAAAUCUAUCAAGUAUGGUGUGUGGUCAACUUCCUCUACUGGAAGCCAGAAGUUGGAUAUUGCGUUCAGAGAGGCUCAAGCAAUAGCUGCAAGUAGUUCUACCUUGUGCCCAGUUUUCCUGUUCUUUUCGGUCAAUGCAAGUUACAAUUUCUGUGGUGUUGCUGAGAUGGUUGGCCCUGUCGACUACCAAAAUGACAUGGACUUUUGGUGCAUGGAUAGAUGGAUUGGCAGCUUUCCUGUUAAGUGGCAUAUCAUAAAAAACGUACAUAACUCCACUUUCCGAAGUAUCUUACUGCAGAAUAAUGAAGAUAAGCCUGUGACCUCUAGCAGAGAUACACAAGAGAUACACUACACUCCUGGAACAACUAUGCUCGAACUCUUCAAAUAUACCAGAGCAGACGGAUGUGUGCUUGAUAGCUUCAUGGUGCAUGAGGAGAAGGAAGCAAGGAGACUCCAGAAGUUUAAGCUGCGCAGGGGUGCUCCACAUUUUAUACCUGCAUGGCAUGGCCCUCGUCCCUCCAGACAUGUGCUGCCAAAAUCUGACAGUGUAGUGAUGGACAUAAUUACCAGUGAGUGUGAGACAAAUAAUCUUACUGACAAGCUACAGAAUCUCAACCUGGAGAAGAACCAGGCUUCAUGGCAAGAAUUUGGGAACCUGACUAGCGUAGCUUCAAACACAAACAGACAGAAAGAAUGGUAUUGCUACGGAACCCAGGCUCAUGGAAAGACAAACAAGGAUACUGUGAAGGCUAUACCAUCUCCAACUCGAGCAUACCAUCCCAUGACUCCUCCAAACCAGAAAUCUGCUUUGGAUGGAGAACAACGACGCUGGAAGAAGGUUGAGAUUGCCCCAACUGAAAACCCACAACCAGAAACUGUUGCCAGCGCCUCGUCAAAAGCACCACCUGAGGAGCAUCAACAAGGAGGUAAAAGUACGUUGGCGCACAGUGCAUCAGGAACUCCUGAGAUGACUUGUGAAGAACAGAAGAUUUUUGGGAAAGCCUGUCCACCUGUGGCCGUUUCGACAAGUAAAGCCUGCUCAGAACCCCUGCCUGGUGUGCUUGCUAUUGGCUCAAUGCUGGUCCCGAUUACGACGUCCAAUUAG